AUGGACGUUUGUGGCCAGAUUUUUAUGGACAUACAACGUCUCUCCGGUGAAGAAAAGCUUAAAUUUAGUCGUGUCUAUUUCUACGCUGGGAUCCCAUUUCUUCCUUUCCUUUGGUGGAUAAACGUAUUCUGUUUUCUGAAAGAUAUAUUUUCGCCACAAACAUAUCCAGAAUUUAGACAAGUCAAAAAGUACGUCCUCUUGAGUUUUAUCGGAGCUUUGUUUUGGACAAUAGUUGCGAUCACUUGGCUAACUGUUUUCUUAAAUUUUCGAUCUUCCUGGGGUGAAUUAGGUGAUUGGUUGUCUUUUAACAUUCCCCCUGCUUGGGAAAUUACAGAUUUACUGGCAAAGGAUGCUUCUAUUGGUGAAACUCCUUGUAUUUAUACAUCUUCAUCUGGACUUCGGCAUAUUUUCAUAUCUACUAAGUCUGGAUUUAUGUGUCAAGCAUUAUACAUAAGUCGUUAUGUAGACCGUUUGUUGUACGAAUAUCAUAGUUUAUCUCAGUGUGGUCCGACAAAACCAUCGGAGUUCUGGAUACAUGGCAUUGGUCCCCUUGCUAUAACGAGGACAGCUGAGAUCGCGUUGCAUUUAACUCGCCGGAUGUACCCUGGACAUCUUGAAAUGUCUACAUACACUAGCAGCUGUUCAACUAAGAAACAUAUUAUAUCUCGAGUAGAAAAUGAAGAAGUUCUUGUAAAAGAAGAGCCACAGGUGAAAGGUGCUAUUCACAUUCAAAUACGUCUAAUUCCCACACGUGAUGCUGGACGGCCUUCAUAA